AUGAGCAGAGUGCCGGUCAGCUGGUGCCGUCGAUGCGACGCGUCCGACUACACCUUCGCCUACACGGAAUGCGCUGCCGAUGGUUCGCGCUGGAGAGUUGCUCUGCCAUUUCAUGCAAACGCCUGCGAAGGUCUACCUGAACCCACGAGAGGAUUGAACUGCUCGUUCUCGUGCUCGGCGGGACAUUACUUGGACAUCAUGACGCAAUCUUGCAGACCUUGUUUGCCAGGUCAAUACAGUCUCGGUGGUGGCGCCAGGUUCGAAGAGUUCUACACGCUUCCUGCUGGCUUUUCCGUGGAGAACUUCGACGCGAACGCAAUGCAAUUCGAUGAUGUCGAACGGUCACAGACAGAUCCCUGUCCUCCGGAGUCGGUUUCUUUUUUCAUCGGAGACGGCAUUGCUGUACAUUCGAUCGGUUUCUGUUCAAGAACUAGAUAUCUGUAG